UGUAUGAUGAAAGAUCCUGAAGCUGGGUUUUCUGGAAUGGAAUCUGUGUUCUCAGGAUUUGUGCUUGACCCUGAGAAAUGUAAUCAACUGAGCUUGGAAGAGAAGAGAAAACUAGUUCACCGAAUAGCUCAUUGGUCUGAAGACGCCCCAAAGAUUCUUAGUUCAUUGACUCGUAAAGAGCUUCUUGAAAUCAUAUGUGCCGAAAUGGGUAAAGAGAGAAAGUAUAGUGGAUUCACAAAGCUUAGAAUGAUAGAACACCUUCUUAAACUAGUCUGCAAAAACACCAAGAGAACAACCACCGAAAACUUGCUAGAUUUUUCACCAUCCAAGAAGCAAAAACAUGAGGCCCCGCUUCAACUACCUAGUACCACUUUUGAGAAUUCUAGAAAAGAUCAGACAAAAACUCGGGUUUGCCAGAAUCUAGCAUGUAAAGCAACUAUGUGGCCCGAGGAUGCUUUUUGCAAGAGAUGUUCUUGUUGUAUUUGUCAUCAGUUUGACGAUAAUAAGGAUCCUAGUUUAUGGUUAACGUGUGAUUGGGAUUUGGAUUCUGGUAACGAAGGUGAUGAGCCGUGUGGAAUGUCAUGCCAUUUGAAGUGUGCGGUUAACCAUGACAGGGCUGGCAUAUCAACCACUGGUACCUACCCAAAGCUGGAUGGUGGUUUUUAUUGCGUUUCUUGUGGAAAGUCAAAUGGAUUAAUGAGGACCUGGAGAAAGCAGCUGCUGUUUGCUAACGAAGCUAGAAGAGUUGAUGCAUUGUGUCUCCGAGUUUCCCUUAGCCACAAGAUUCUUGAAGGGACCAUGAAACAUCAGAAGCUCUUAAAGAUCGUUGAAUCUGCAGCAAAAGUGCUUGAAAAUGAAGUGGGACCAAUUGGUUUAGCAUCGGUGAAGAUGGACCGUCGCCUAGUCAAUCGGCUCACGUGUAGCACCGAGGUUCAGAAGCUCUGUACUUCCGCAAUUGAAGCUUUUGAUUCGUUGUGCUCCAAUUCAAGCGUAAACCAUUUCCAGAUAAACAGAAUUCCCACAUGUCGGAUUUCAUUUGAAGAAACUACUGCGACUUCAGUAACAAUCGUCUUAGAUUACGAAUCCCAUUUGUUUGAAGAUUUCUUCGGAUGCAGAAUCUGGCACCGAAAAUCAACUCUGAAAACAUAUCCAAAAGAAGCAACGUACAUCGUCCUAAACCCGGAAAAGAGAUUCAAGCUCACGAAUCUUGAUCCAUCAACCGAGUAUUCUUGCAUGGUUUCGUUCUUCAGCAACAAAAAAGUCCUCGGAUUCUGGGAGUCAAAAUGGACGACAACCAAGAACACAGAAGUCAACGCGAACAACACACAGACGGAUUCCACAUCGGAUUUUCCUUGUACCCCGUGCAAAUCCGAUGGUACAACGAAAGCGGGGCCUCGGGAUGAACCUAAUAAGAAGAACGAGUACGAGUAUGCAGUGGGAGUGAUCAGAAGUUUGGAGCACAAUGGACACCUGAGUAAAGACUUUCGAGUGAAGUUUCUUACUUGGUUUAGCUUGAAAGCAACGAUGCAGCAAAGACGGGUUGUGAACGUUUUUGUGGAUGCGUUGAUUGACGAUCCCCCGAGUUUGGCUGAGCAGCUUCUUGAUACGUUUUCUGAUGAGAUUUGCGGCCAUUAGAACUCCCGAAAUCGCGUAGCUGGGGAUCGAUUCUGAGUGUUUGUUUUUGAAGACGAUUGAUGUUUGUUUUUUGGCACUUGAUUCAAUUUGGAUAAAUGUAUAGCUAAGCUAACUAUGGGGAAUCUAUUCGUUUGUCUAUUUAAGGAUU